AUGGAGCCCCUGGAAGAAAGUGAACUCUGCUUUCCACAACUCCUCAACUCUUCCUGCAGGAAGCCAAAGCGUCCACUCACUGAGGCUGUGCUUAUUUUCAGUCUGCUGUCCUUCAUCUCUGUUUUCACUGUGACUCUCAACCUGCUGGUCAUCAUCUCCAUCUCACACUUCAAGCAGCUCCACAGCCCCACCAACCUCCUCCUCCUCUCUCUGGCUGUCUCAGAUUUCUUUGUCGGCCUGAACAUGAUCUUUGCAAUGUUCAUCACUGAUGGCUGCUGGUUAUUUGGAGACAUCAUGUGUGUCCUGCAUCUGUAUCUAUCGUACAUUAUUACAGCUGCAUCAGUAGGAAACAUGGUGCUCAUAUCAGUCGACCGAUAUGUAGCCAUUUGUGACCCUCUGCAUUACUCUGCCAGAGUCACUGUGAGAAGAGUUACAAUCUGUAUUUGUCUUUGUUGGGUUUGUUCUGUUUUCUACAUCAGUCUCAUCAUGAAGGAUAACUUGAAACAGCCAGGCAGG